AUGUCAUUACAUCCAAGUAAAUCUACAAAACGUAGGAGAUUUUUGAAAGAAAUUGAGAUCACUGAAGUGUAUAUUGAAAGUUCAAAUCAUAAUUUUGUGCAUUCUGAUAAUGAUAUAUUAGAAUCUCAAGAUACUGUCAAUAAUUUAAUUGUACCUUGUAAUAGUGUUGUAAAUAAUAUUAGUGAUUCAAUUGAACCCAAAAGCUCUUUAAUUAAUGUAAGUAAAGAAUUGAAAAAUUUAUCUUGCAAUAAUUUAAGUUCACUUGAAACUGUUGAAGAUGAGUUAAUGUUAAAUGUUAGUUCAUCUGAUUCUGACGAUGAAAGUAAAACCAUCUCGGCAGAAUAUUUGUCUGAUGAUAGAGAUCCUAUUUUACAAAUGUUGGGCAAUUGGGCGGUUUCAAAUAAUAUAACUAACGUAGCUUUUUCUGGUUUAUUAAAAACUUUAAAAAAACAUAAAUGUUUUAAUUUUUUUCCUGUAGAUGCUAGAACAGUUCUUAAAACCAAAAAUAUUGACAAUAAGCAAAUUCAAAAUAUUACACCAGGUAUAUAUUAUCAUUUUGGUAUUGAAAUUGGUCUAAGAGGUUUGGGUGAUUGGUUUCAAUUUAAUGAUGAAGCAAUAAAAAUUGUUAUUGGUAUUGAUGGCUUACCAUUAACAAAGAGUUCUCAGAGUUGUUUUUGGCCUAUUUUAGGAUAUAUACGUAAUUUUCCUGGAAAAUCUAAAAUAUUUUUGAUUGGUUUAUAUUGGGGUAAAGAAAAAGCAAAGGAUAGUAAUACAUUUUUAAAAUACAUGGUCGAUGAAUGUAAUGAACUAUAUCAAAUCGGUUUUAAAACACCCCAUGGUACAAAAAAAGUAGUGAUCGAACUUUUUUGCUGUGAUGCUCCCGCAAAAAGUUAUAUUUUAAAAACAAAAAGCCACAAUGGUUUCUAUUCAUGUACUAGAUGUAAUGUUGAAGGGAUCUAUUUAGAUAAUAGAGUAUGUUUUCCCGAUACAGAAUUUAUUAAAAAAACUCAUUUAGAUUUCAUUAGUCGUAUACAUGAAGAGUAUCAUGUGACUGAAAGUGUAUCUAUUUUAACAGAGCUGCCAGAAAUUGAUAUGGUGUAUAGUUUUAGUUUGGACUACAUGCACCUAACGUGCCUAGGGGUAGUUAAAAAAUUAAUCAUGUUAUGGUUAGGAAAUAUAAAAGGAUCACCCAUUUCUGUUCGAUUACAAAAUCGAAAAGUACAAGAAAUAUCAGAAAAUUUGUUAUUUUUAAGAUCUUCUAUGACUUCUGAUUUUUCUAGAUUUCCCAGAGGAUUAAACGAAAUGCCGAGAUGGAAAGCCACCGAAUUUAGACUAUUUUUACUUUAUACCGGCCCUAUUGUUUUAAAAGAUAUAUUAAAUAAUGAAUGCUAUUUACAUUUCAUGUAUUUGCAUAUUUGCUUUAGGAUUCUGUUAGUUAAAAAUAGUAGUGAUGAACUUGUUAAUUUUGUAGAAAAACUUUUGUCAUAUUUUGUUCAAAAAUUUGGUAUCAUAUAUGGACAGAAAUUUAUAUCUCACAAUGUACAUGGACUUCUUCAUAUUGUUGAUGACUAUAAAAAGUUUGGCCCUUUAGAUAGACUGUCUUGUUUUCCUUUCGAAAACUAUAUGAAGUCCUUAAAAAAAAUGGUUCGUAAACACCAAAAACCUUUAGAGCAAGUAAUUAAUAGAUACCAAGAAAUUCUUGAGUUUAGUAACGCACCUAAUACUUAUAAUUUGUUGCCAAAUUCUAUUGAAUUUAAGAAGCCUCAUAAUAAUGGACCGCUAUUGGGCAAUAUUAGUUCACAAUUCAGAAUUGUCUUGACCAAUGAUGUUAAAAUUAAUACUAAUUCAUUGACAGAUUGUUUUAUCGGCUUCAAAAAAGAAGGGAAAUUAAAUAUUUAUAAAGUUUUAAAUAUUUGUUGUAAUAAUACAGGGCUACAUUUUUUUGUUGCCAAGUCAUUCAAUAAUAUUGAACCUUUAUAUGACAAACCGAUAAGUAGUUUAAAACUGGGAAUUGCAUAUGUUUCCAAUUUAUCAAAAAAUAUUGUACCAAUUACUAUAGAUCACCUGUUUCAAAAGUAUGUAGUAUUCAAUAGUAAUAAUAACAAACAAAUUGCGCUUCCAAUCCUACAUUCAUUAAAUAGUUAG